AUGGCAGGGAAUAGUGAACAAGUAGUGCUUGCUCAUGAUGAUGAUGAAGUCGACUUUGAAACUGCUUCGAUGGAGUCCGAUUGCUCAAAGGAGUUGCAAUCCAAGAAAAGCAUGAGACGAUUCCAUUGCGUGGCAGUAAUCGUAUUGCUCCUAACUGUGAUGGUUAUUGUGAUUUCAACAACAUUCUUUCAUGUCAACGCUCCCACGUUUCGAAUUCGAUCAAUCACCAUUGAUGAGCUCAGAAUGAUGAGUAGCUCAAACACCAUUGACAUAAAAUUCGAAGCCCAAAUAGGCAUAAAGAACACCAACUUCGGCCACUUCGAUUUCGAAGAUACCUCAAUUAGCUUCUUUUACAGGGGAGUUCAUGUUGCCCUAGACGGUGAUGGUGAUCAUGAGUUGAUUGAGAAAGGCAAAGUCAGAGCUCGAUCAACCAAGAAGAUUAAUUUCUCGGCUGAAAUUGGGACCACCAAUUCGAUUUCGAUUGAUGACAUCGAAUGCAGAUGCUUGACUUUGACUUGUAAGGCCACCAUGAAUGGGACAAUUCACUUGAUGAAGUUGAUCAAGAGGAGACGAUCUUCUGAGAUGAAUUGCACCAUCAAUAUUGACUUGUAUAAAAAAGCUGUCUUUGAUAUAAAAUGCAAGUAA